UAGUGGACCCAGCAGCGCGGAUCUGAUGCGAGCUGGAGUACAUUUGUAUUUUAGCGUCUAUGUAUUUGGGUGUAGUAUAAUGCUCGCUGCUUGGAAUCGUUGCUUUCGAAGUGGGAACAAUUCUGUUGUUGACUCAUCUUGUGACGACUAGUGUUGGGUUCCUCGUCAGGUCUGACCACCAUGGCGCGAUAUGUUGAGCUUGUGUUUCACGGUCUAAACUCAGCCGUCUCACACACACAAACACACACACACACACACAGACCAGAGAUGACUGACUCUUGUGCGAGUUCGAUUGCAAGUACAAUCCAUGUGCUGUUGCUAAAGAAUAUAGUGGAGCUUUAAUGCUGCAACCACACCUCCAUCAUAGUGGAUUUUGCUACCACUUUCGGUCAUAGUGUAGAGGAUGCUGCCUGUGAAAUGUGUACUCAACGUUGAUAUAGACAGUUCGAGGAUUCAAUGUUGAGACAGAAAACUGAUCAACGUCGGAAGUUCGAUUUGUAAAGUAGGUUGGAUAAGGCAUGGGAACCACAACUCUCCAUCGUGACGCCAGAGUGCAGCCGGCUAAGCAAAGACACAGGUCUUGUGCCUCAAGGCCCCGCCCCCUACUGCAGAGGUGAGACCCAAGUGUUAACGUGCAGAAAAACUCGAGCUCGGAAUUGCCAGCCUCAUUGCUGCUCUCACCUGCUAGCAUGGAUCCCGAGUCUCCAAAUCCUCGGACGCAUGGUCGCUCGCAGUCGAUGGUAGCGGUACUGAUGCUGGCAUAUCAAAGCUUCGGCGUGGUGUAUGGGGAUUUGUGCGUGUCGCCGCUGUACGUCUUCCGCAGCACAUUUUCAGGUGACCUACGUUCGCACAUGACGGAGGGCGAGAUCUCUGGCGUGCUGUCUCUCAUCUUCUGGACCCUCACCUUGGUGCCUGUCAUCAAAUACGCCAUCAUCAUUCUCAACGCCGACGACAACGGCGAAGGCGGCACGUUCGCGCUGUAUUCAUUGCUGUGCCGACACGCCAAACUGAGCUUGAUUCUUAAUCGGCAGAAUGCAGAUUCGGAGCUCUUGACCCACAAUUUAGAGCAGCCGCCAGAGACGCCGCGCGGACAAACAAUCUGUAGGCUGCUGGAAAAACACGUAUUUCUCAGGAAUGGGCUAAUCAUCGUCGUAUUGCUGGGCAGCUGCAUGGUCAUCGGCAAUGGCAUUCUCACUCCUUCUAUUGCAGUUUUGUCAGCAACUUCUGGAAUCUCGGUUGCGGCUCCUCAGUUACCACAGAGUGUGGCGGUGCUGGUGUCAUGCGGCAUCUUGGUGCUGCUGUUCGGACUGCAGCACCUUGGCACACACCGAAUCUCGUUUAUGUUCGCACCCAUAGUGCUAAUGUGGUUGUUUUGCAAUUGCGCCGUUGGGAUAUACAACCUCGUGACGUACAAUCCUCUCAUUAUUCACGCACUCUCCCCAUACUACAUCUACCACUUCUUCAAAGUAUCAGGAAGAGAUGGCUGGAUUUCUCUUGGGGGUGUUCUCCUUUGUAUCACAGGUUCGGAGGCAAUGUACGCCGACUUGGGUCAUUUUUCAAAAAGGUCUAUAAAGACUGCCUUCACAUGCAUCGUGUAUCCUUGCCUAGUGCUCGGGUACAUGGGCCAGGCCGCUUAUCUAUCCAAAAACCUCGCGGAUGUUGAUCACGGGUUUUUUCAUUCCAUUCCUGGACCUGUAUUCUGGCCUGUCUUCAUCGUAGGCGCCGUUACUGCGACGUUCUCCAUAAUCAAGCAGUGCCAGUCACUAGGAUUUGUCCCUUGGGUGAAAGUGGUGCACACAUCACGUACAAUCCAUGGACAGAUUUACAUUCCAGAAAUCAACUGGAUCAUGUUUGUCAUAAGCUUGAGUAUCACAGUCGGGUUCCAAAGCCCAGUUGAAAUCGGCAACGCUUACGGUAUUUCGGUGAUUUGCGUGAUGCUGGCCACAACUCUUUUGAUGACCUUUGUCAUAUACGUUGUGUGGCAGCAUAGCAUCUUCACGGCCGGUAUCUUCUUCCUGGUUUUCACCUUGGUUGAGGCAGUCUACUUGUCGUCGGCACUCUUCAAAGUGAAGCAGGGAGGUUGGGUGGCGCUGGUGCUGGCCGGGGUGAUCAUGUCCAUCAUGUAUGUGUGGCACUACGGCACCAUCAAGAACUACGAAUUCGACCUCCAGAAUAAGGUGUCCAUGAAAUGGUUGCUCACUCUCGGUCCAGGCCUUGGGAUUGUCCGUGUUCCUGGCAUCGGGCUGAUCUACACAGAGCUUCUUACCGGUGUGCCGGCCAUCUUCUCUCACUUUGUCACUAAUCUCCCAGCCUUCCACCAAAUUCUGGUUUUCGUUUGCAUAAAGUCUGCGCCGGUUCCCUUUGUCCCUCCCGACGAGCGCUACCUGGUUGGGCGCGUCGGUUGUAGAGAUUAUCGUAUGUACAGAUACGUGGUUCGGUCUGGAUACAAGGACACAUACACAAACGACGAAAGCGAGUUUGAAAGCCAGCUCAUCUACAACCUUGCUGAGUUCAUCCGAACCGAGAGUGCAGCCCCAUGGGCGCAAUCCAGGGGUGAAAUGCCACAGGACAGCCGCAUGACAGUCAUGGGUGCUCUAGGCAGCACGCGAUCAGUCGCAGAGACCGCCUGGAGCACAGACAUGCCAGCCAACGCUGCGGACAGCUUGGAGUCCUCAGACGGCAUCACCUCGCCGAAAAGGCAUGUGCACUUCAACCUGCCCAAGCCCAGCGACAACCACGUGAAUGCUGAGGUGCGGAAGGAGCUAGCAGACCUGGCUGAUGCCAAGGAGGCCGGCAUCGCGUAUGUGAUGGGCCAUUCUUACGUGAGGGCUAAGCCUUCGUCCUCGUGGCUGAAGAAGUUCGCCAUCAAUUUUGUCUACAGCUUUCUGCGCAGGAACUGUCGGGAGCCCGCGGUGGCGCUGAACAUCCCGCACACAAGCCUCAUUCAGGUUGGCAUGGUUUACUAUGUGUAAAAUGAAUGAACACACACACACACGUAUAUGUAUAUAUAUAUAUAUAUAUAUAUAUUCAUACACACACAUACAGUCGAUCAAUCAAACAAUCAAACGACCCAGUUCACGGCAAUCUGAGCAGCAAUUUCUAGGGCAAGAGUCCGGCUACCGACACAGUCGGUGUGAAGCAGCUCCGAAGGACAUCAUGUAUUGUUGUGAUAUGAAAAUGAAUGUUAAGUUUUGGAGCAUUUCGUGGAGAAUGCUUUUCUUGCUCUGCAAGUAUGGUGGGAUCGUGCCAAUGGCCAUGUUGUGUAGUUGAUGAAAUGUUUGUUCAGUUCUGCAAAAGUAGAUAUUUGGGUAACAAUUUGAGUGUUCUGUUCAUAGAUUAUGCUAGUGUAUGGAAACAAACUUAAUGCUCUGAUUUUCUAAACAAAUAAAAAAAUUAAUUUUUAAUA